AUGAAUGCACCAGUUAUCUUAUAUUCACUCUUUACUGUCUCUGAAAAUGUUCAUUUUGAUGUUUUGACUGCUUCGCUUCAACAGGAAAGCAAUCACUUGAUCUAUGCGCGGAAUCCGUGGAACAAAACCUAUUGCAUCACAUUGCUAUACCUAUCAUGUUCAAAUGCUUUGUCAUUGAUAUCGGACUCUAUAAGCGAAGGCCUUGCAGUAAUAUGGCUUUUCAGUUUUUGGGCGGAGACAAAGCGUAUAAAAGAUGCCAGUGCCGAACGUAGAAGCACGACCAUGACCGGCGAAGACAAGAACUGGGAGUCUGAGGCUCUCUCCCUCAGAAGAAUCGCCUUCUUCGGAGUGGCCCUCUCCACCGUGGCCACCCUGCUCUGCAUCAUCUCAGUGCCCAUGCUCUACAACUACAUGCAGCACAUGCAGUCGGUCAUGCAGAACGAAGUCGACUUCUGCAAAUCCCGCUCGGGAAACAUCUGGAGAGAAGUGACUCGCACUCAGGCA